CUCUGUCGUGUCAAGGUUGUUCUUAAUACAGCUACUGUCCCUGCUAGUCAACUUACAACAACUCCACUUGUCUCGCAAACAUGCAGACUACAGUUCCCGAUGCUGAGCAGCCAGGAGAGCUCUCCGAUGGCUCAGAUCACUACGAAACAACAAACGAGAAACAGGGACAAGCAUCUACCACUCCGCCGCCAGAUGGAGGAUACAAGGCCUGGUCGCAGAGCUUGCUCAUGCACAUUGUCUUCUUCAACACCUGGGGCGUUGCCAACGGAUACGGCGUGUUCCAGGAAUACUAUACAGCAGCACUGAACCAGCCGCCGUCAUCAAUAGCGUGGAUUGGAAGUGUGCAAGUCUUUUUGUUAUUUGGCAUCGGUAUGGUUUCUGGCCGUCUAACAGAUGCUGGCUACUUCCGACCCAUCUUUACAACCGGCGUCGUGCUGCAGGUGUUUGGCAUCUUUAUGACAUCGCUGUGUACAGAAUACUGGCAAAUCUUCCUCGCCCAAGCCGUAUGUCUAGGUAUUGGCAACGGCCUCACUUUCUGCCCAGCACUGGCUGUCCUAGCGCAAUAUUUCAAAAAGAACCGUGCGUUUGCUGUCGGUCUUGCUGCUGCCGGCGCGGCGGUGGGCGGUCUGGUGUAUCCCGUCCUCAUCAACCGAUUGAUCUUUCACCAAAACGUCACCUUUGGCUGGACUCUUCGAGCCAUGGGCCUUAUUAUGCUGAUUACGUAUAUCCCCUGCGUAAUCUGGUUCCAGCCGCGUCUGCCACCCACGCGGUUGACAGCUUGGACAGAUACUUCGGCAUUUACCGAUGCGCCAUUCAUGUUUUUCUCGCUCAGCAUGUUUCUCAACUUUUGGGGGCUGUACUUUGCUUUUUUCUUCUUGGGAACAUUUGCACGCGACAAGAUUGGCGUCUCGGAACCAAUGAACUUGGUCAUGGUUCUGAACGGCGUGGGCAUCCUGGGGCGGGUGCUGCCCACCAUUAUCGCAGACCGAUGGACGGGUAUGCUCAACUUGGUUAUCCCAAUCAGUGUUAUCUGUAGCGUGGUUGUCUUUUGCUGGAUCGCAGUAGUUUCUGCCACGGGGUUGUAUGUAUUUGCCGUGGUCUACGGGCUGCUCGCGGCUUCGUUGCAGGCCCUGCUUCCCGCCGUGGCGACGACUAUGACGCCAGAUCCUAGCAAAACAGGUACUCGAGUUGGCAUGAUUUUGGGAUUUGUCAGUCUGGCCAACCUCACGGGCCCUGCGAUAUGCGGCGCCAUUAUUGAACGAGGCAAUGGCAGCUAUGUUGGGGCGCAGAUCUUUGCCGGUGCCGUUAUACUACUGGGCGCAGCGAUGGCUCUUGCAGCACGCAUUGCGAAGGGUGGAAUGGAGCUGAGAACGAAGAUUUGAAAAUGAAUAUUGACGCCUAUUGAGACACAAAAGCAUUAAUAGUGAUCACUCAAAUUUAGGUAAUAGUAUAUAUGUGAAUGAUAUUGUAUAUGUGAUUCUAUCGUGGGCUAUUGUACAAGAGUUAGGGUGUGAAUCGAGGUUAUGAUCCGUCAAAUCGUAAGAAAAAAGAAAGAAUACAGGCGGUGUGAAGGCUCCUAGCAUGGCCCAGAUGAAUAUAUCACAUUCGCCAUACCACUGGAGAAAGGGAGAAAGGAAUAGUAGUUAGCCUAAUACAAAGCCAAAUACAGCAGUCAGGCCAAACAGCAAUGCAUAGCCCUUGGU